UGAACAGGAGGUCAUGUUACUCUCUUCACCGAUAUAUUUAUUUCGUGUAUGGAUUUUACCGUGAUUGUGAUCAAAUGAAAAUGUUUUGAGCAUUCGUGUCAUGUUGAAAAUAGUUCUCUGAGGUCUGCAUAACAACAAAACCAAACUCUGUUGGGAUAUUAAUGCAGUGCUGGCUGAUAACUGUAAACCAUUUUGAUGACGGACAAAAUUCCUGGUUUUACAUGGAUGAAAGGACUUUUAAAGGAGGUGGCUCCUGAGAAAAAGGUAAUGACUGUCUACUACAAAGCUGUUCCCCAGGACGAUGUCUCACCCCCAACCUCACCCAACUCUACCUCCACCUGUCUUCGCUUCUCCCGCUUCCGAUUGGUUACAUUCUUAGUGGUAGCAGUAUUGGCAAUUCUGUUUGUGACACUUUCGUGUCUGAAUGGAGGCUGGGAUCCCCGAGGAAGUGUAUGCCUCACACCAACUGACUCAGUGCUGGUUCACAGUGACGUUACUACCCACAGUCCUCUGGCCCGACAGGUGCUCCCACACUGUAUCAUCAUCGGGGUGAGGAAAGCUGGUACCAGGGCAGUGUUGCAGUAUCUCCAGCUUCACCCUGAUGUCGCAGUUGCCGGGUAUGAGGUGCAUUUCUUUGACGAUAACGUCAAUUACAGUCAAGGGUUAAACUUCUAUCGCAGACAGAUGCCCUACUCCCUAAAACAUCAGCUGACUAUUGAAAAGACACCGGCUUAUUUUCAUACCUUAAAAGUUCCAGAGAGAGUUGCCAAAAUGAAUAAUUCCAUUAAGUUGAUACUUGUGGUCAGACAACCAGUACAGCGACUGAUAUCAAGUUAUGUUCAACUUGCAUCGAAAAAAGACCAUUUUCCAACAUUUGAGGAAAAGGUGAUUGACCCUGACAAUGAUGAAGUGAACGAAAACUUUAAACCAGUAAAACGCUCGCUAUAUUAUAUUUUUAUGAACAGGUGGCUUAAACACUUCCGACUUGACCAGAUUCAUAUUGUGGAUGGUGAUGUGCUGAUUCAUAAUCCAUUUCAGGAAAUCUAUAAUGUGGAAACAUUUCUUGGCUUGGAGCAUAAAAUAUCAAAGGAUACAUUUACCUUUAAUCGAACUAAGGGUUUCUAUUGUCUGAAACUUGAUGAUGAACUUGGUAAGAGAACCAAGUGUCUGUCAAAGAGCAAGGGACGCAAACAUCCUCCAGUCGAUCCAGAGGUCCUCCUUAAACUACGCAGAUAUUACAAGUCUGCUAAUGAUCUGUUCUUUCAGCAAGUUCAUCGGAGAUUUAAAUGGUCUUAGCCAGAAUUGGGAUACCAAUGGAAAUUUACUUAUUUUUCAGUAUGAAAUAUAUGUAUUUGUAUUUUUUCAGUGAAUAUUUUCAUUUCUCAGUCACGGUGAACGCCCCUUAUUGUUAUUCUUGAUCAAUAACAUUUUACCACACUGUAUUUAUUUUCAUUUCUCUGACCCUAAAUUCAAUAUUUUUUGUUGAAUACAUUGUGUGAAGAGACCAACUGAACUGGUUGGUGUGCCAUUACAGUAUACAUUGUGUGAGAGACCAACUGAACUGGUUGGUGUACCAUUACAGUAUACAUUGUGUAUUGGUUGGUGUACCAUUACAGUAUACAUUGUGUAUUGGU